AUGCGCUUAUUGAAUCGGAAGACUGGGAAGCUCGAGUACUUUCCCGACAGACCGUAUCCGCGCUAUGCGAUACUAUCACACACAUGGGGUCCAACGGGGACUGAGAUAACAUUCCGGGAUAUGGAAGAAGGCAGAGAGAGUUCCAAGCAAGAAAGCUAUGAGAAGUUAAAGAAUACGUGUGCGCAAGCUGAGGCGGACGAUAUUGACUAUGUCUGGAUUGACAACUUUUGUAUCGACAAAGAGAGCAGCGCCGAGCUCUCGGAAUCCAUCAACUCCAUGUUCAUCUGGUACCAGGAGGCAGAGACUUGCUAUGCAUUCAUGGCCGACGUGCCGACAGGGGAGGAUCCGCAGACAAGCAAGCUAUUCGCGCGAAGCAAAUGGUUCAAACGAGGCUGGACCCUGCAAGAGCUGAUCGCACCGAAAACCGUCAUCUUCUACUCCCAGGGCUGGGCGCAGUUAGGAACGCGAUCAGUACUGGCAGGCGUUAUUUCGAACAUUACUAGGAUUGACGAAGGCAUCUUGACCGGCUUACGAGACUUAAGAUAUGUGAGCGUGGCCAAACGCAUGUCGUGGGCUUCGACUCGUGUUACAACGCGACAGGAGGAUAUCGCAUAUUGUCUGAUGGGUCUUUUUAACGUGAAUAUGGCCAUGCUAUACGGAGAAGGUGGGGAGAGGGCGUUUAGAAGGCUGCAAGAGGAGAUCAUGAAAGACUCGGAUGAUGAGACGCUUUUUGCAUGGACCAGCACCGAGGAACCGCAGCCAGAGCUUCAAGGGCUACUUGCGAAAUCGCCAAAAGACUUUCGCAACUCAAGCGGCUACAUUCCUGACUACGACCGUGGUGCACGAGUGCCGCAUUCAACAACGAGUAGAGGAUUGUGUAUCACUCUCGGCAUGCAACGCCUCCACGGCGAUGUC